AACCACUUUAAUUAUUCUAAAUGUUAUUGGAAUACUUAUGUCCCUAAAUGUUAACAAAUAUAAAGUUAAAUUUGCUUUUGAAAUAGUGGAAAACCUUGCAGAGAUUAAGUUUAAAUCGGGUGAUUUUGGAUUUAAAUAUUUAAAACAGAUCGCGAGCAAUUUUCAUGUGUUUGAGGCAAACACAACAGCUUUAUGGCGAGCAGAUCAACUUUCACGAGCGUUCAGAGAACACUUUUCAAGCGAGAUUUCGGCUGCUGAACCAUACUAUGAAUCCGAAGUUCCCAGUAGACCACCGACCCCUUACCGUGAAAGGAACAGGAGCAGAAACAGAAGAGACAUUCGUAUAUCUCAAUUGUAUAAAUCCUGUGCGGUAUAUUACGACCCGGAUGUAGAGGAGGCUUGGAGGUUUGGGUAUACAGGGAAGAAUGUCACUGUUGCAGUCGUUGAUACUGGUGUCUACGUCGACCAUCCAGACCUACGAAUGAAUGUUAACAUCGAACUCUCACAUAGCUUUGUCGGUUUCAACUCAAGCGCCGUAAAGCCUGACACCCUCUUCAGUUACAAAGAAUUAAAUGAACUUACAGAAACUGUAUCGGAAGAAGAAGAAGAAGAAGAAGAAGAAGAAGAAGAAGAAGAAGAAGAAGAAGUAUUGUUUUGCACUAUGAAACAAAACCAAAAUAUGUAGUCGAAUACACUUUUACCUAACGUCUGGAUGGUUGAUAUAAACUCCUGUGUCCACGAUGGCGACAGUGACCCCCUUUCCUGUGAAUCCCAAACUCCAUGCCCUCUCAACAUCUGGGUCGUAAUAUGCUGGACAAGAUUUGAACAACUGAAAAUAAAAGAUUGCUAUUAAUCCGGAUAACAUUGAGUCUGUUUUUAAAUUAAAAUCUACGCGUGUUCAUUGAAUUUGCAAAGGCGGUAGCCCCAAUGUAUUACAUUGUUGCACAGCAUGUGGAGUUCCAUUGCAUUGAUGUCCUGUCGUAUACAGUCCUUCAAGUUAUGUUCUUGGUCCAUUAAAUCUAGACUAGUGUUUGCCCUUGUUCUAUCCAUCCCCCUCUUAAUUCAACAGACGAGUUGCAAAAGUUGCGAUUUGUUGUGUUUUAAUUUGAAAGGUUGAUCUAAUAUGUCCCAAAAAUGCAUAUAUCUAGUCAAAUUCCAAUUACGUAUGUGUUCUGUUUGUUCGUAUAUUGUUUGCAUUUGCUUCUCAACUCUGACAGUACCUACCGUUGAUUUUUCCAAGCUUCUUUUAUAUUUUAGCUUUUUCUUUUCAGAAGGGUAUGGUGUUGGUGGUCUGUGUUGGAUGCCUGAUAUACUAUAUGGUUCUGCCUCUACGAUCUGAAGCAGCCAAAGAAAAUUUUGACAUGUCUACAGAAUAAGGCACUUUCGUUUAGUUUUGUAAAUGAGGACAACACAGGUCACGUGGAACCUCAGCGAUCUCAUAAUUAUCCAGAAUACAACACAUAUACAGAAAAUCAACAAGCAAUUGGGACUCAUGCGCGAUAUUUCAAGGAACUUCAGCGGCCGCUGCGAGAGCUUCUGGAAUGAUUGCCAUUAUGUUGGAAGCCAAAAUCGCUGUUUACAAUACGAAAUAUAUCAAUUUCCUUUUACGGAGUGAGAG